AUGGCGUCAAACGAAGGAAGCAGUAAGACAUGGACGGCAGACGAAACGUACCGAUUGAUUAGAGCUUUCAGGAAGCAUCCCGCUCUCUGGAAGAAAGAAAAUAGUGAGUACAAAAACAAACCGUUCCGAGCCGGCAUACUGGAGCAGCUAGCCAUCGAGUUCCGCACCAAUGCAGAAGCGAUCAAAGAGAAACUACGCUCGCUGCGCACAAUCUACGGGCAAAACCUGAAGAAGCAUGCGAAAACCGAUGGCACUCCGAAAUGGGAAUUUUUCGGUGCUUUGUCUUUUCUCAAGGGUGAAAUGAGUGGCGAUUCUGCCGAUAUGAUAACUGACCUAUCAAUGAAAGCAGACGAGAACAGUACCGAUUCUACCGCAGACCGUAUUGAAGAUGUUCCCAUUCAAUGUCAAUCACAUGAACCAGCGAUAAGCAUUAAACGAAUGCGAACUCAGAGUCCGGUAUCCAAGCAUCAAAAUAAGGACAAUCACGUCAAAGCUACGAAUCUACCUUUAUUGGACUUACAAUCCGGUCGCAACCGACCUUUCGGAGACUACGUAGCGCUCUCGCUCGAUCUGAUGAAAAACGCCCUAAUUGAGGAAAAGGUUAAGCUUCAAAUUCAAUUGCUCCUGUCGGAAGCGCUCACUGAAACGGCCACCAGUGCACUCUCGCAGCUACCGUCCCCAUCCCAAACCCCCGCAUAUGCCCAGUCUGCUUUGGUGCGGGCUUUCCGUCCCUCGGUAGAACAAAAGUGGCGUCCGGAUGACCCUUUGGAAUUCCAACCUUACGAAGACGGGCAGGAACUUCCUCGCAUGUCUCUGAUGCCACGAACCUCCAGUCUGGAUUCAUUUCAGUGA